AUGCGCCUGCCCCCCCUCAUGCGCCUGCCCCGCCCUCAUCUACCUGCCCCGCCCUCAUCUACCUGCCCCGCCCUCAUCUACCUGCCCCGCCCUUAUAGACCUGCCCCGCCCUCAUCUACCUGCCCCACCCUCAUCUACCUGCCCCACCCUCUCUACUGCCUGCCCCGCCCUUAUAGACCUGCCCCGCCCUCUUCUACCUGCCCCGCCCUUAUCUACCUGCCCCGCCCUCUUCUACCUGCCCCGCCCUUAUCUACCUGCCCCGCCCUUAUAGACCUGCCCCGCCCUCAUCUACCUGCCCCACCCUCAUCUACCUGCCCCGCCCUCAUCUACCUGCCCCGCCCUUAUAGACCUGCCCCGCCCUCAUCUACCUGCCCCACCCUCAUCUACCUGCCCCGCCCUUGCCUGCCCCGCCUCAUCUACCUGCCCCGCCCUCAUCUACCUGCCCCGCCCUCAUCUACCUGCCCCGCCCUCAUCUACCUGCCCCGCCCUUAUAGACCUGCCCCGCCUUCAUGCGCCUGCCCCGCCCUCAUGCGCCUGCCCCGCCCUCAUCCCUGCGCCUGCCCCGCCCUCAUGCGCCUGCCCCCCCUCAUCUACCUGCCCCCUCUCUACCUGCCCCGCCCUUAUAGACCUGCCCCGCCCUCAUCUACCUGCCCCAUCACCUGCCCGCCUCUCUACCUGCCCCGCCCUUAUAGACCUGCCCCGCCCUCAUCUACCUGCCCCGCCCUCAUCUACCUGCCCCACCCUCAUCUACCUCCCGCCCCGCCUCUCUCUACCUGCCCCGCCCUUAUAGACCUGCCCCGCCCUCCUGUGCCUACCCCCCAUCUACUGCCCGCCUCGUGCCUACCCCCUCAUCUACCUGCCCCGCCCUCAUCUACCUGCCCCGCCCUUAUAGACCUGCCCCGCCUUCAUGCGCCUGCCCGCCUCAUGCGCCUGCCCCGCCCUCAUCGCCUGCCCGCCCUCACUACGCCCCCCGCCCCAUCAUCCCCUCACCUGCCUACCUGCCCCCCUCUACUCUACUACCCGCCUCAUCUACUGCCCCCCUCAUCUACCUGCCCCGCCCUUAUAGACCUCCUGCCCCGCCCUCAUCUACCUGCCCCGCCCUCAUCUACCUGCCCCGCCUUAUCCUAUCUACCUGCCCCACCCUCAUCUACCUGCCCGCCCUCUCCUGCCCCGCCCUUAUAG